AUGAGCUCGGGACCCGAGCCCCGGACAGCCCGGACACCCUUCAGCAUCGCAGACAUCCUAGGCCCGAGCAUGGUCUCCCGAGGACCCUCUGUGUCGCAGCUUCCAGAGUCGAGCUCAGGUCCUACGUCUCCGCUGUGCGCGCUGGAGGAGUUGACUAGUAAAGCUUUUCGCGGACUUGACGGGCUCGCUCUGCAGCCCUCUGAAGGCCGCGCGGCCCCGGGUGCUCUGGGCCCCGGUCGGGCCGGCCGCCGACGGCGAAAGUCACGCACGGCGUUCACCGCCCAGCAGGUGCUGGAGCUGGAGCAGCGCUUCGUAUUCCAGAAGUACCUGGCGCCGUCCGAGCGCGACCGGCUGGCAGCGAGGCUCGGCCUGGCCAACACGCAGGUCGUCACGUGGUUCCAGAACCGGCGCGCCAAGCUCAAGCGCGACAUGGAGGAGAUGCGCGCAGAUGUGGCCUCGCUGCGCGCGCUGUCGCCCGAAGUCCAGGGCCGCCUCACACUGCCUGACUCCGGGCCCCACCUGUCAGACGAGGAGAUACAGGUGGACGAUUGA